AUCAGCAAUCAAUGCCAUCACGCAAUUCGCUCCAACUCUAAGGCUGCAGCCAUGCACAAGGACCGCCCCCGCUACGUUAUCAGCAGACCUGCCUACACUCUCCCAGACCUCGAUGAAGAGUUUGAGAAGAAGAUACGAACCUUCCCUAUAAAGGACAAAGUUUGGAAACUCUUCAGGUGCUCUGGGUCUCGACUCAAGGCUUUGCUGUACAGACACCUGCCUGUGCUGAGCUGGCUGCCCAAAUACAAAGUGAAGCAGAACCUGCUGUGUGAUGUCAUCAGUGGGGUCAGCGCGGGCACCAUCCAGGUCCCCCAGGGCAUGGCGUUUGCCCUGCUGGCCAGCCUGCCUCCUGUCAACGGCCUCUACUCCUCCUUCUUCCCCCUCAUUCCUUAUUUCUUUAUGGGAACCGCUCAUCAAAUGGUCCCAGGUACCUUUGCUGUGCUGAGCAUCAUGGUAGGCAUGGUGUGCUUGAGGCUGGCGCCAGAGUCUGACUUUAGCCAUUUCAACUCCACUAUCAAUGCCACUGUGGUGGACGAGGAGCAGAUGAACCAGGUUCGACUCGGCAUCUCUGGGACCUUGGCCUGCCUCACAGCUGUAAUACAGAUGGGCCUGGGCUUGAUGCAGUUUGGCUUUGUGGCCAUCUACCUGUCGGAGUCCUUUGUCAGAGGCUUCAUGACUGCUGCAGGACUUCAGAUUCUAAUCUCUGUCCUCAAGUACAUCUUUGAUAUCAGUGUGCCACCCUACAGUGGACCGCUGGCAACCAUUUAUACUCUAGUGGACAUCAUCUGUGGACUUCCCCAGACCAAUGUUGCCUCGCUCGUCUUUGCCUUGGUCAGCUGUGUGGUUCUCAUAGUGGUGAAGGAGCUGGGGGCACGUUACCGCCACAAGCUUCCCUUCCCCAUCCCUAUGGAGAUCAUCAUAGUGGUGGGUGCCACAGCUAUCUCUGGACCCCUGCAUCUACCUGAGAUAUAUCACAUGGAUAUAGUUGGAGAAAUACCACUAGGGUUCCCCGCCCCGAUCCUUCCCACAGUGAGUCAGUGGGAGGACAUGCUUAGCACAGCCUUCUCCCUGGCCAUUGUGGGCUACGUCAUCAACUUAGCCAUGGGCAGGACACUGGGAGCCAAGCAUGGCUAUGAUGUGGAUCCCAACCAGGAGAUGCUGGCCCUGGGCUGCAGUAACUUCCUGGGGUCCUUCUUCAAGAUCCACGUCAUCUGCUGUGCCCUGUCCGUCACCUUGGCAGUGGACAGUGCUGGAGGGACAUCACAGUUUGCCAGUUUAUGUGUGAUGCUGGUGGUCAUGGUCACCAUGCUAGCCUUGGGGGCCUUCCUGAAACCUCUCCCAAAGUCGGUUCUUGGAGCCCUGAUAGCAGUCAACCUAAAAAACACUCUGCUGCAACUGUCUGACCCAUAUUUCCUGUGGAAGAAGAGCAAGCUGGACUGUUGUGUGUGGGUGGUGUCGUUCCUUGCCACUUUCUUCUUGAGCUUGCCUUACGGAGUUGCCAUUGGAGUAAGCUUCUCAAUCCUUGUGGUAAUUUUCCAGACACAGUUUCGUAACGGUUCAGAGGUGGCUCAGGUCACAGAGACAGACAUCUACCGAAACCCCAAGGUCUACAGCAAGUUACAGUCUGUAAAGGGAGUGAAAAUAGUAAGCUACUGCUCUCCUCUCUACUUUGCCAAUGUGGAAAUAUUUCGAAGGAAGGUCAUUAAAAAGACUGGGCUGGACCCAGGCAAGCUUCUCCUGGCUCGGAGGAAGUUCCUGAAGGAGCAACAGAAGAAGAUACAGCAACAAGCUAAACAGGAGCAGGCUGAGGAGACCAGGAGUAGGAAGCUCAGCUCUCUGGUCACCAUGAAGUCUCAGACCAUUUCACAGUUGGAGCUGCAGAAUGACUUUGACAUGGCCGGUGACAGCAGCGCCAACAAGCCUGACCCGCCCACAUGCUAUGUCAACUUCCACUGCAGUGACAUUGAGCAGGAGGAGCAGAAACCUAACCCUGACCAGGCCCACCCCUCCCCUGCCACCCUGGAGCCCCAGCCUCAACCCUUCCACACCCUCAUCUUGGACCUGGCAGGGGUCUGCUUCAUUGAUCUGAUGGGUAUCAAAGUCCUCACCAAGAUGAGUUCAAGCUAUAAGAUGCUGGGGAUCAGUCUCUACCUGGCUAAUGUUCAAGCCCAGGUGUAUGAAGAACUGGUAGGGGGAGGGGUGUUUGAAGAGGGCAGUAUCGCUCACAGUCACCUCUUCAUCUCCGUCCAUGACGCCGUCCUCUUCGCUCAGGAAAGGUGGACAGGCUCAGGAGCCUCGACCAAGGCAGAACAGGAGAGGAGGGAACUUGCCCUUGACAUUCAUGAGGAGGACAUGGAUCUGGAACAGGUAUGGAGGUCAUGGGAAUACACUAGAUGUUCUGUACAAUAUUUCAUCUGGACAUACUACAUAAUGCAAAUUAAAGGUGACUUCUCUUACACUACCUUUUUAUCACCACAAAGCCUAAAAUGUUUCUAAAAUGUUAUUUUGUCCUCAACAGGAGAUGUUUUGACUGCAUGAAGUUUUAGUGGAAGAAAUGAACAAAUUAACUCAUUACAUUGAUUACACAUUGAUAAUGUGUAAUAAAAAAUAAAAUUAAUAUUGUAUCAAUAUUGUGACCUGACAACUAUUCCUAAUAUCAAAAGCAGUUGAUACUGAAUAAAUCACGGAUCACAAAGACUUAUCUCGCACUGAACACUUUUACAAGAAUUUGAAGUAGCAGUUUGUCUAGUUGUGUUGUUUAAAUCAGCUAAGAUGUAGCCUUGACGUCACAACGCUAAUCCAACUGUCAAUAAGAGAAGUAGGUCAAGCUUUUACACACUGACGGUCAGACAGGUAGUGUUCUUUGUCUGUUCUGUGAUUUAAUGUUAGCUUAUAUAUAGCUUUUCUGUUGUUGGAUGGGAACCAAUGUUGUUGUUUCAUGCAGUAGGAUCAUGGAUAGAAUAAGAGUAGGGUGUUGGGGAUUUUGAAGGUUUAUGUUGACCAUAGACAGCUUACUGGCGACAAGCAGAUUUGUAAAAAGUUGUAUUGUGUUAUUGAUAUACAAUACAGUAUAUUGUACUGUAAUUCUUAAUUUCAGUGUGGAGAUAAAAACACUGCAAAGCUCACUUUACCUCACUUUACAGUCAGUCUGAGCCAUGCGAGGCAACUUAUUAGAAGCCUAACUGCACUAUUUUGAUUUGAUUAGAGUAGUUAGACAUCUUGGGCAUCUGUAUUGCAGUUGACUUUUCAAUCUGUCUGUUUUAAAGUAAACUACUCUAACAGUGUAUUAUUACAACUACCACCAUGUCAACACUACAAAUAGGCUGAUGGAUUCUGGCUCCCUCUGGUGUAAUAGAAUGUGAACUACAGGUUGAGCCUCCAGAACAAGCCUCACCAUGGUAGGGAACUGUGGAUUUAUGGUAUUUGUCUUGCUGAACACAGCGAUUGUCUAAAUCUCAACCGUGUAUCAACGGGAUUGUUUGCACUUUGGAGUUGGACUGACAUGAAUGUGACAGCAGGUAUGACACACCACACCAGUGACACACUGUGAAAUGUUGUCCUGCUAAAUAAUUCAUCUAGCUCCUCAACAAUAAAACGUUUCUGUUUUUCUCAGAAGUACUUGCUUCCUUCAGUCUGUUGGUCUAUAUGGGUAAGUACAGCUCUGAAGGUUACAUCAGUUGACACGUUCUGCUGACCUUAACACUCUCUUCAGGGCCUUGCAGUGCUGCCUGGUGCUGCUCCCAUACCAGGCAGUGUUGUUCCCUGUCAGGAUGCUCUCCAUGGUGCUGGCAUACAGACUGCAGAGUAUCUGGGGAGACUCUCUCUCUGUGACUUCCUCACCACAGGGUCUGUGUUACAGGACCAGGUCCUUGGCAUUCUGAACACCAGGGUGUUCUAAGUUGUCCACCCUCUCCAAGGGGUACCCACUGAUAUGUAGAGGGCUGUGGUUCCACCCCUGCUUCCUCCUGGGUUCUAAUAGCAGGCCUUGGAUUCACCAGUCCUCUCCAGAAUGGUUACAGUGUUGGUUGUUGCUUCUCUGUGUGAAGCCCUCUGUCAACAGACAGAACACAGGCUGGUGUGCUAUGUGACCAGUCAGACACAAUCCCAUCCUGAUGUCCCCUCCUUCCACCCGGACCAAGUGGACCCUUUACUCUGCACACACAUCAUCUAUGCCUCCCUGGACCUGGCUCCUGAUGACCACAUCCUGCCCUUCUCCGCCGAAGAUCAGGCAGCCUGGAAUUCGCUCAGCAGUCUCAAAGACAGUAAUCCUGACCUGAAGAUGCUACUAGCCAUAGGCAGAUGGACCUCCAUUACCACAAGGCUUCUGGAGAUAGCCUCAGACUUCCCCAGGCGAAAGACGUUUGUGCAGUCAGCGGUGCAGUGCCUGAGGCAGGAGGGCGCUGAUGGUCUGGACCUGGUGUGGCUGCCUGGAGCCCAGAAUAAUGACACUCUCCUCACUCUGUUUCUCAAGGCAAGACAUUCCAUGCACGUUGUCACUUGAUGUCACUUGUGAUGUAUGUUUUCUGUUUUGUAACAGCCUUAUUUUUUACAUCUGGGUCUGUUCUCGUUUGUGUGCGUGUGUGUGAGUGGGUGUAGGAGUUGCAGGGGGCGUUCCAGGAGGAGGCUGGUGUGUCUGGUAGAGAGACCCUGCUCCUCUCCACAGCUGUGCCAGGGCUGGAGGACCCUGAGCUCCAGGGCUCUGAUGCACGCUCCUUCUCCCAAUAUGUGGACUUCAUCUCCUUUCUGACCUAUGACCUUCAGCGGCCACUGCAGGCAACACCAGAUGUGAACCAUCUGGUGACAUACUGGCUGUCACAGGGAAUGGAGUCUCAGAAGCUGACCCUGGGAUUCCAUGUCUCAGCUCCGGGGCUGUGGACCCUGGAGCAUGAGACCAGCUUACAGUGGAACUCAGAGAAUCACACGCAGAUGUGCCACUUUCUGAGGACCUCCCAUGCUCAUCCUGAUGACCACAUGCUCAGCUCUGAGAGACAUGGAACCAGCCUGUGGGGAAAGCUCUGGCAGCUGAGGAGAGUGGGUGUGCGGGCAGCCUCAGUGUGGUCCCUGGGCCUCGACGACCCUACUGGGACCCUGUGUGGCCGUGGCUCCUCCCCCUUCACCAGGCUGCUGAGGUCCUCUCUCAGACGGAGGAAUCACCACACACCUCAUCACCGCUCGCCACACCACUAUCAUCAGAGGCACCACCAUCACCACGGUUCCUCUACCCGGGACCGUCACCUUGGCCACCGCCAUUGUCACCGUCAUCGCGUCCGCCAUGACAUGGUGUCACCUAGGCAACACACCACCUCGGUUUGAGUGCUCAGAUCUGUUUGUGUACUCAGUGUUUGUUAAUGAGCGUUCCUUCUUGCUUAUGUGGAAAACAAUUACGCGCACACUCGCACACACGCGCACACACGCACACACGCACACACACACACACACACACACACACACACACACACACACACACACACACAUACACAUACACAUUUUCCUAUAGCAGCCUCACGGCAGGUAGUGAUAGCAGAUAGAUACUGUGUUCUCUGCGCAUGAAUAGAUUUAUGAGCCUAUUAAGAAAUCAUCCUAAGGAAUUCUGGCACACACCUGGUCCUCUGGUCCCCCUCUACUCUCCAGCAAAUUGGCACCACAGGUAAUUACAGGGCUCCUGCGGCCAUCAGCUUUCAUUUGGAGCAGUGGGAGAGCCCCUUUGCUUUUAAUAGCUUCCUCUCUAGCCUGCUGACUUUUUCCCUGUGCAUAAGCCCCAAAACAACCCUGUACCAUUGAGAUACUAUGAGCCAGCCAGCGCUCAGGAUCUGACACUUGGACACAUCAAAGCUGGUGUAAUAUCCUGAAAAGCACCAUUUGUGAUGUAUUGUCACUGUAGUUCUAUUAUGUUGUUUUUAGUUCUAUCCAAAUCUUGUGUUGCAUGUUUGGUCAAAACUCUGCAUGAGUAGUCUUUAUUAGGUUCUUCAUCUGUACUCUGUCUAUAUAUUGAGCACCAUUUCAACAAUAUCAGACAUUGACCUUUCAUUAGAACUUGUUGACACGUGCUGCACAUAAAUAAAGAAAUUGCGUCAAUAAUUCCUGCUCAAUGGGAUAUGAGCAGGUCUGGGUAGAGCAUGAAAGCUAUCUUAGAAAUGUGUGGGAGUCAUUGGAGUUUCUCAGAGCACCUCCUGUAAUCCACUUCUCAAUUUCAACUUACUGUUUGUUUGGCGUUCAUCAACACACAUCAAUUUAUCAUGUGUACAUGCGUUGGGAAGACUGUAUAGAAGAUCGAUUAGGUUUUGUUAACAAGCCACGCUUACUGGCAGAGAGAUCAUAAAUCUUCAUUGUGCCGUAUCAGCAAAAUGGGUCGCCUUUGGACAGGGUUCAUUAAUAGACUCGCUGGGUGCAAAUUUGACCACUCAUAUCUAAUAUUAAUGAAUGUUGUCUGUUGUCUCACCCCACAGGGCCAAUGGCAAUUAAAGGCCCCAAGAAUUGAACGUUCCCGGGUGAUUAAUUGAGACAUAACAUGAGAAAGACUGCUUCUCGUAGAACAUCAACAAUGACUAAAUGGAAUGAGUGAGUGAGUGAGUGAAGGAAGGUGUCUGGGCAUGUGCGGCAGAUGAGUCCUGGACCCCAACGUGGAGAAGGGCCAUCUUGAUGCCCUGGUGAUCCCUGCUCUCAUCGUCCAAUCAGCUCAUUACAGAGUGACAGCCAAGGUGAGAUCGCACAGCAUCUGUGUCAUAAUACACAGACAGAACACGCACAGCGCG